AUGAACCAAAUGAUGGGGGACAAUGUGGAGGAGCCCUUUUUCGGAGAUGAGGAAGAUGAAAAUGUGUAUGAUGAUUUCAACGCCGAGAUUCACGUUAACAGGGGAACGAGUGGCAGUCCCGAAAAUGACGCGCUCGUUGAAGAUCCUAGCAGCAACGAGACGGAAAGUUCCACCUUCUCGCAAUCCUUCAACGGGGAUGACAACGAUGGGGAGGACAAUGAUGCUAGUGAAAGCAGUCUCAAGGAGGGACAACAAAAGAGUAGUAAAAAUCCAUUAGAGGUGGAAAAAAAGAAGAAGAGGAAGAAGGAAAAAAAAAAAAAAAAAAGCGAAUCGAAAAAGGGGAAAAAACAAAAUGACAUAAAAUUAGCAGUUAAAAUUGCACUGCAGGUGUUGCUAAGAAGUCAGCCCUUUCCAGUGAAGAGGGAAGAUUUAUUUUCCGUCAUUAACAUUUUUGUACCAAACUGUAACAACAAUGUCAAAAAAAAAAAAAUUAUUUUGAACUUGUUACAAAAGAAGGUAAAAAAUAUUUUGGCGUUAAAUUUGCUAACGCUGAAUUCGAAAACGAAGACUGAAUAUGUAUUAACACAAUGUAUAACAUACAGAAAGCAUAACGAUUUUUUAUUGUCCAAUAUGGAUCAUCGUAUAAGGGGGUUCCUCAUCUUCCUCAUUCCAUUUUUCAGUGUCUUUCAUAAUAAAAUCCCCUUGAAUUAUUUACUCUACGAGUUAAAUAAUCUUGGACAUAGCUUGUUAAAAACAAAAGAAAAAAUGGUAAAAAUUUUAAGCUCCCCAACAGUUCUUUCCACCAUUGCUAACCAUAUUGUAAUGACGAAGGAGCUGGCUGACGCUCUCGACUAUUUAAUAUAUGCCAAGAAAUUGUCCUACAUCGAUUUCAGCAGUGACUAUCAGUAUGAUGAGACCUCGUUGGAUGGGUUUUACUGCAUACCCACUCCUCGCUUUGAAAGCGAAGUUAACAUGACGCAGUACAUAACGGAUCUGCUGCGUGUGCCCAAUAAAACAUUUGAGCUGAAGGACGUGUAUGUCGUAUUUGAGGAGAAGUACUUCUUGGACAUUAACUACGACAAUUUGUGA